AUGGUAAAGGGUAUGCGACGCAUCUUAGUGGCUUUAACAUUUAUGUUUCUAAUACCUCAUUGGGAGACCCUCGGAUUAAGCGAGUGGCCGAGGAAUCUCAUCAUCAACACCAAUGGUCUAGGACAAUACAGCUUCGAGUUCCAAACACCAGAUGGAACGUAUAGAAAAGAAGAUGGCGGAAUGUUUCCUAACUUGCACGGAUUAAAUCGUUACGCGGUCCGAGGCGAAUACAGUUUCAAGGAUCCCGAGGGCUAUUUGCAUUCCGUGAAUUAUUUUGCAGAUGAGAACGGUUAUCAAACGAUAAGCGAAGAAGAUUAUCGUUACAACGAUAGGAGGGUCCUACAUUUGCUAAUAAAACGCACGCAUUGCGUCAUAUAUACUUAUGAAGACGUCGAAUUGAGAAGAAUUUUCCCCAGUGAAUUUCCACAAGACACGAUAAGAAAGAGCGGGGCUGCUGAUCCAGAACAUUUAGGUCGAUAUGCUGAAAUAAAAAAUUACUUCAGAAACCCGAAGUCAGAUGUUAAUUCACAUUUUGAAGAGUUGGCGUGUUCUGAUGUGAACGGGAAACAGGUAUGCAAAGUAGAUUUAGAUCGGUAUCCACCCGAGGAAGAUCAGUAUUACCUUUUAACAGCCCAAGAACAUCACCUGGACAAGCGUCGAGUGUUCUGCUUCAUGCUUCUUUGCUUUACAGAAGAUGAACUGGAUAGAGUUGUGAGCUCGUUUGAUAUGUGA